AGAGGUUUUAGCACCGGCAUCUUUGGAUCAAAAGAUCAUUCCAUCCUAGAACCAACACGACGACUUCUCCUUGCCCGAUUUGAAAUGGUGAUGAAUAUGAAAUUAGGAAUAUAUAUGGACAGAUGAAUUAUGCGUCAUGGAAUCCGGAUCAUUAAAGAGGUAGUGUAGACAGUUGUCUAAGUGUGAUCUUCUUAUAUCCCCACGAACUGUUCAGCUUGAUAGACCCAAGGGGAAAUAGAAUCUCGAAAGGACCUUUCUUGUCCGUAGCCCCGUUGGAAUCGAGGGCUUGAUAUCUCAUUGGCAUGACUAAUUGAUGAGGCCGACUAAGUAGUACUCACGAGGUCCUUGAUUUCUUGUUAGUCUGUAUCUUUCUCUUUAAUAGUAUGGUAUCCAGGUUCACCUAUUUUUUUUCCGUUGUUGCUCUUCAGAAAACGCGUAUAGUAAGUAGUCUUCGUCGAUGGGACCUCCAGUGUAUGCGUUACGAGGCAACUAGCAUUUUGUCAUUAAAGUUCGUGAAAGAAUGUUUCGUUGGAAAAACCAACGCCGACGUCAAGAUCAGUCUCCUUUCCUUUCUCUUUUCGGGAGCAGAGCUGAAAAAGAUGGGAAAUUCCAAUGAUUCUUCGUUCAUUAUCAUGUCGAUUCCUCACAAUCGCUCUUUGUGAUGCUGCGGAACCAUGGCAAUUAGGAUCUCAAGACGCAGCAACACCUAUGAUGCAAGGAAUCAUUGACUUACAUCACGAUAUCUUUUUCUUCCUCAUUCUUAUUUUGGUUUUCGUAUCACGGAUGUUGGUUCGCGCUUUAUGGCAUUUCAACGAGCAAACUAAUCCAAUCCCACAAAGGAUUGUUCAUGGAACUACUAUCGAAAUUAUUCGGACCAUAUUUCCAAGUGUCAUUCUUUUGUUCAUUGCUAUACCAUCGUUUGCUCUGUUAUACUCAAUGGACGGGGUAUUAGUAGAUCCAGCCAUUACUAUCAAAGCUAUUGGACAUCAAUGGUAUCGGACUUAUGAGUAUUCGGACUAUAACAGUUCCGAUGAACAGUCACUCACUUUUGACAGUUAUACGAUUCCAGAAGAUGAUCCAGAAUUGGGUCAAUCACGUUUAUUAGAAGUUGACAAUAGAGUGGUUGUACCAGCCAAAACUCAUCUACGUAUGAUUGUAACACCCGCUGAUGUACCUCAUAGUUGGGCUGUACCUUCCUCAGGUGUCAAAUGUGAUGCUGUACCUGGUCGUUCAAAUCUUACCUCCAUCUCGGUACAACGAGAAGGAGUUUACUAUGGUCAGUGCAGUGAGAUUCGUGGAACUAAUCAUGCCUUUACGCCUAUCGUCGUAGAAGCAGUGACUUUGAAAGAUUAUGCGGAUUGGGUAUCCAAUCAAUUAAUCCUCCAAACCAACUAAACCGGGGAAGCUGAAGCGGAAAUGCAAUUCUCGGGUGAGGGAAGGGGGAAGCUCCAGGAAGGCUUCGCUCGCUCGCUCAAAAAGCUCUAACGCUCGUUUACGAGUGGAGUGCAUAAGCCCUUAUUGAAGUAGGGUGAGGCCUUACUACACGAGCUCGUAAGUCAAGCACGGAACGAGCCUUGUCUACGAAGCUUCGCUUCAUCAUCUUGCUUGCUUCUGGCGAAGCUUAACGCACUAUAACAUAGGCAUGCAUGAUGGUAUGGUAGGAAGACUCCUUUUAAGGCCGACCACUACAUAGGAGCGAUAGGAAGCCAAGCCGUCAAAAGGAAAGGCGAGCAGCCCUUAUUGCAAUAGCAAACGGCCUACUUAUAGCCCUAU